AUGGAUUUACAGCCUUAUGUAGAACAUGUCAGUGAAACAUUGAAAAUGGCAAACUGGGCAGCACUAGGAUCAGUCAUUCUCCCCAAUGUUGGCGGUUGGGCUAACGGCAUAUACUUUGCUGGACAAAUUCGUAAGGGGGACAAAUCUUGGUAUGAUGAGCUGAAGAAACCUUGCUGGAAUCCACCAAAGUGGGUGUUUGGACCUACAUGGACUGUCUUAUACAGUGGAAUGGGAUAUGCUUCCUAUUUAGUGUAUGAAGAGUGUGGUGGUUUCACUGAAGAUGCAGUACUUCCUCUGACACUUUAUGGAGGUCAGCUGUUGCUCAAUUGGGCUUGGACGCCAAUAUUCUUUGGACUAAAGGACUUCAAGAUGGCAUUCAUAGAAAUCUCUGUGCUGGGUGGUGCCGCUGUAGCCACCACAGUCGCCUUCGGUCAAGUGAAUAAGACAGCAGGAGCACUGAUGCUGCCUUACCUUGCUUGCCCGAAAUCAAAGAUGAGAAGGCUCAGUAGAAGUACAUUUGAAAUCACACAAAUAAUUUCUAAGUGUUUAAAUAGUCUAAUGGAAAAAUCACUUUUACUGUGA